CUUCCGUUUCCUGUUUCCUAGUUUCCUCAUGGAGACGGAAGAUGGCGAAUUACAGGAGGGGGAAUUUUGUGCCCAUAUUUUGCUUCAGAUUCCCGGGCAGAGUCACUGGACUUGGAGGGGCUCUGAUCUUUCUGAGCUGUGUCCUUGCAGAGCCCAGCGCAGCCACCACACACUGGGUAGUGACCGAGGAUGGCAAGAUCCAGCAGCAGGUGGAUUCGCCACUGAACUUGAAACAUCCCCACGACCUGGUGAUUUUCAUGCGACAAGAGACCAGAGUGAGCUACCUCAAGGAACUGGAGAAGCAGCUGGUGGCACAGAAGAUUCAUAUUGAGGAUAAUGAGGACCGGGACACAGGAUUGGAGCAGAGGCACUACAAAGAGGACCUGGACUGCAUCAAAGCCAAGGUUCCUCUGGGAGACCUAGACCUCUACGAUGGAACCUACAUCUCACUGGAGAGCAAAGACAUCAGUCCAGAAGACCAUGUGGACCAUAACUCCCCUCUGCCCCCGGACCUGGAGAAACCUGACUGUGCCAACAUGCUGGAGCUGCCCUACAGUAUCCACGCCUUCCAGCACCUGCGGGGUGUACAGGAGAGAGUGAACCUGACCACCCCUCUCCUGUCUCAGGAGGACUCCAUCUUCAGCUGCUUGUCCUGGAGACUGGGGAGGAGUAUGGAGGAGGUGGGCCAUCGCAUUCACGAGGCCCUGCACCUGAACUCCUCCUCCUGGGUGCUGUAUAACAUGGCAGCCUUCUACUGGCGGAUGAAGAACGAGCCGCGGCAGGUGGUGGAAUGUGCCAUGAGGGCGCUGCACUUCUCCCCCAGGCAGCACAAGGACAUUGCUCUUGUCAACAUGGCCAAUGUUCUGCAUCGCGCUCACUUCUCUGCCGACGCUGCCAUCCUGGUCCACACAGCUCUCGACAUCACCUCAGACCUGCUGACCAGCCACUACACACUGGGGAACAUCUAUGCAAUGCUGGGGGAGUAUAACCACUCAGUCCUCUGCUAUGACCACGCACUGCAAGCCAAGCCCGGCUUCGAGCAGGCACUCAAACGCAAGCAUGCUGUCCUGUGCCAACAGAAACUGGAGCAGAAACUGGAGACACAGCACAGAUCGCUGCAGCGUACCCUCAGUGAGCUCAAGGAGUACCAGAAGCAGCACGACCAGUAUCUGCGGCAGCAGGAGGUGCUGGAUAAGCACAAGCUGGGCCAGGAGGAGCAGAUCCUGCGCAACAUCAUCCACGAGACUCAGAUGGCCAAGGAGGCCCAGUUAGGAAAUCACCAGCUGUGCCACCUGGGGAAGCUGCAGGGCUCCCUGCACUGUCCCUACGACCUGCCAGUGCGCUACCACCGCGGGGACGUCUUUGAGAGUGUGGCGCUCAUCCAGUUCGGGGAGGAUGGCUCCACUGCUAGCAGCACGUCUCUCAUCUCGGAGCUCAGCCUCAACCAGAGCGAGAGCCGGGAGCUCUUCCCUUCUGUGUCUUCAGCCCCCUCGCUAGGGACCUUCUGGGGCAAGGAAGUUUCCUCCAGGGACAGUCAAGACAUCCUGUGGCCAAAGAGGUCUGACUGUGCCCGAAUCUUUCCCUCCAUCCCCAUGCCAGAGGAGCUGCCCACCUACUUCCUUCCACCAGAGAAUCGUGGGCUAGGGGUCCAGGCUCUUCUAUUCCAGGGCCGGCUCCCCGAAGUGCUGCCACCCCCCCCAGACUGCAGAUCUGUGCCGGGACCCCCCCCGAGGGACAGCCCUGCUUCUCUGGGGUGGGGGCUGGAGGGGAAGGAGCUGCCAGACCAUCAUGCCAGGCAGCUCCUGCUGUCCCGUCUGGACAGGCUGAGUCUCAGUGAAGAGCAGAUCGGAGGACUCAUUACUCAGGGCUUGAACCAGACUGGCGCCCCCUUGUGGCUUGUCCUAAAUGAGGCUGCUCUCUUCUGGCGAGCGAGUGGCAAUGCCAGCUCUGCCCUUUCCUGCCUGCGCAGAGCCCUCAACUCCGCCCCUCAGGAGCACCUUGACAUCCCAUUGGUUAAUGCGGCCAACCUGCUCCUGCACUAUGGGCUGUACCAAGAGGCCAGCCAGGUCCUGGAGAGAGCGCUGGCCAUCAACAGGAGUGAGCCCCUGACUCUGCUUAGCCUGGGGAAUGUGUGCCUAGCCCAGGGGAAUGUGAGCGGCGCGGUGUCGGUGUUUCGACAGGCCCUGUCUCUUGGGACGCGCUGCCUGGAGUGUGAGAGCAGCCUCCAGCUCAUCCGCUGCCUGCAGUUCUACCCCUUCCUGUAUAACCUGAGCAGCUCGCCGGCCGGCAAGCCGAUGCUGGUCCUGGAUGGUAACGGCUCUGGCGGGGCGCUGCAGCGUGGUGGGGAGGUCCAGUGGGAGGAGGAGGAGGAGGAGGAGGAGGAGGAGUGGCAGCUGAAGGAGGACCUGAUUGGAGCCUUCGAGGGGGCAAUGGAUGUAAAGGGGCGCCGUGUGGACCUGCAGGGGAUCAGGGUGCUGAAGAGAGGAGGAGAAGGGGCAGAUGCUGGGGGGAGAGCAGGGCCCUGCUUCGGGAACUGCGAGGACGAUGAUGGAGCCGAGUGGAUCACAUUCCAGGUGAAGCGUAUGAGGAAGCCCAAGACACACCCUUCUGACCUGCAAGUGGGAAGCCGAGAGAGGGAGGCUGGCUUCCACUCUGCCCUGGAGAUCAGCGGACCCCAAAUCCCCUCCCCGGGACCCCCAGGGAGACGCCGGGACUACCUGAGUCUAGGCUGGCCGAGUCCAGACGAGUGCCAGCGCCUCCGCAGAGUGGAGCCCACCACAGUGGCAAGCACCUGGCUGGCAGUGUCUGCAAAGAGCAUUGAUAUCACAGAGCACAUAGACUUUGCCACUCCCCUGCAAGAGCCUGCAGUGGAGCCAGUCUGCAACCCCAACCUACCAGCCACCAUGCACACCCUGGACCAUCUGAAUGGAGUGGCCAACCGCGGAGGCAUCCAUUACACAGGAGAGAGCCAGCUCCAAGAGGUACUCCAGAAUCUGGGCAAAGACAAGUACUCUCCACAGUCCUUCGAGCAGGUGGGGACACGAAUCGCCAAGGUCCUAGAGAAGAACCAGACGUCGUGGGUGCUGUCCAGCAUGGCUGCUCUGUACUGGAGGGUGAAGGGUCAGGGGAAGAAGGCUGUAGAUUGUCUGAGGCAGGCUCUGAACCACGCUCCUCACCACAUGAAGGACGUGCCUCUGAUCAGCCUUGCCAAUAUCUUCCACAACGCCAAGCUGUGGGACGAUGCCAUUACCGUGGCCAGCAUGGCGGUGGAGAUCGCGCCACACUUUGUGGUGAAUCACUUCACCCUCGCCAAUGUCUACAUCGCCAUGGAGGAGUUUGAGAAAGCCAUACAGUGGUAUGAAUCCACUCUGAAGCUGCAGCCCGAGUUUGCCCCUGCCAAGGAUCGCCUGUGGACUAUUCAGUGCCACCUGCUGACCAAGAAGGAGAAGCGCCUCCUGUAGGAGCAGUGCAGGUGUGAGGAGCCUCAGCAUCUCACCAUCCAACCAAACCUGCUUUUAACUGAGCUGCACUUAAACAGUAGUGUUAAGACGGGCGGGCGUUACAUUAAAAAAAAAAAAAAAGAUUAAUGUAAGCUGUUAAAUUGAAAUAUAUUACAUCUUCAAUCGGAAUUGUGAAUGUAUUUCCUGAAAUAGCUGUCUCUGACGUCAUAUUGGGAAAGGUUUACUGGAUGUUUUCUGAGUAGGCUAUUACUAUAAUGCCAUAGGAUAUGAAAUUUGUAAACCAUUCACACAUUCUGAUUCAUCUAUCUAUAAAGAACAAGAUUGCAAUCCCUAGUUAAGACAGUGUAAUUGUAUUGGAAUUUAAAAGCUACACAAGUUAAAGACAGUCAAAGGCAGAUGCCUGUAGAAAGUUUGAGGUCCAUCUCCCCACUCUCCCCUUUCUUCAGGUGUUUGUUCAUUGGUUAGAAUUUGUAGUUACAAGUUUGCUCCAAUCUUAAUCCAUUUUAAACAGAUCCAGAACAGAACCACUGUUUUAUUAUUUCAUUAUACUUUUUCUUUCUUCUGAGCAGGACCAGUUAAAUGACUCAUGUGGCAUUAAAAGUGUUCUUUAAGCUCAAAGUGAACGUAGGAGACAAAAUAAGGCCCUAAUCUUCCCUGUUUUGCCCUUCCAUUACCACAUUAAUUCAGGUCCACCCUUUUUUACAUUCUUUUCCACCAGCCGUUCUUCUCGCAAACCCUCAACUGUUUUAAAUUAAUUGUAGCAUACAAAACCAUUUCAUAAAUCUGAAGUAUUUUGCAUUUCCAUUUUGUGGUGUCUGUAGUUGUUGUGAGUGGUUCAGAGUUCUGUUGCAUCUGCCUUAGCCAGAGACUAAACCAUCUUCCUCAAUCCAUUCAAGUCGUGUGAUGCUUUUCACCUCUGCCAGGCCCACCAGCUCUCUCUACUGUUAUAUCUGUGGAGUAGGUGGGCUGGAAGAGUUGGAAGGUCACGUGAUUUGAGGGAAGCAGUUCAGUUCUGGCACCUAGGAUUUUCCAGACAAGCGCCGACCCAGGUUAGAGAGAAACAAUCAAUAGAAUCUGGGACAUGAAACAAAAGUAAUUAAAAUGACUUUGUGCGGCAUAAAAUCAAGCACAGAAUUAAUUCACUGAAUAUGUUGUGGCAAAUAUUUUGAUCUUUUGAAUAUUGGUUCAUAUUAUCUUGAAAACAAAAGUAUGUUUGUAUUUGUCAGAAUUGUAAUGUUUAUUGUAAUCCCAUAUGGAUAAAAUAAACAA